CACGUAGAUGUUUUGCCAGUGUUUUGCUAGAGUUUUUUGUAAAGAAAGCCCAAAGUUAUGGCGCUUAAUUUCUAUUUUAGCAAAAGUGUUGAUUCGUAAUUGCUUUAAAAACAAAUAAUUCAGAUGUAUAUGUUAUCUUCUUAACGGAGUCAAUAGUCAAACAAGACAUGAGUUAUUACGGAGGGUUUUACAGAGUUACAGAUACACUCAGAAGAUUUAGUCUCCAUAGAGAAGAUAGUUCGGACAGUAUUACAGCUCCUUUAUUUAAAGACGAAGAAACGACGCUAGAAAUACCAAUGAAAUCGUAUGGUGGUAUUUCCGGUACAAAGACGCCACCUAACGGCCGUGGCAAUGGCAACAGCAAUGGACGAACGCUUGGUAAGCGUUUAGAAAAAAGACACGAGCUCAUGGUUCUGUGCAGAUAUGUAGUGGAUAUUGUGUGUGCUUUGGCUUUGUUCGGAAUUAUAUUAAUGAUGAUAGAAACAGAGUUAGUUCUAUUUCACCGAACUAAAAGUACGGAUGUGAUUGCUUUUGUAAUCAAGAUAGGGAUCAGCGCAUCAACAGUUCUGUUGUUAAUAGGGAUUUGCGUAAAUUAUUAUGUGGAACAACAAAUUAAAGCUCUUGACGCAGGAGUUAAAGACUGGCAGUCAGUAAUUGUUGACUCCACUUGGUUUUAUUUAAGUGCAGAACUGUUGGUCUGCUCAAUACAUCCAUUUCCGGGAGACCUAAAACUAACUUAUACAUCACCGGAAGGGGAAUCUAAAAAGGUCAGCAUAGACGCUGUGCUGUCAAUUUUGAUGAUGGCUAGACUCUAUCUAAUUGCAAAGUUCGCUGUUGUUCAUAGCCGCCUGCUAACAGACACAUCAACGACAAGUAUUGGCGCUUUAAGCAAAAUAAAGAUAAAUACGGUAUUUGUUUUCAAGGCAGCGAUGACUAAUUAUCCAAACCGAUUACUCGUUGCAGUUAUGUUAACGACACUAGUUGUGAACAGCUGGGCGAUGAGGACAUGUGAGAACUAUUAUCUGGGUCCAGACGGACCUACUACUUAUAUGGAGGUAAUGUGGCUGAUCGCGACCACAUUUCUCACAGUAGGGUAUGGUGACAAGAUUCCACAGAGCUACUGUGGUCGCUACAUAUCGAUUUGCACAGGUGUUAUGGGAGUCGGAACAACGGCUCUUCUGGUUGCAGUUUUGGCGCGAAAUCUUGAACAGACGAGGUCGGAACGCUACGUGUUUAACAUGGUUACAAGAAUUCAAAUUGAAAACCGACGAAAGGCUGCGGCCGCGAACGUUAUAAAAGCUUGUAUUAACUUAUGGCGCGUCAUAAAAUAUUCUGCAGACGACAAGGCUUUGCGGCGGAAAUAUACGGAUAGCCUUAAAACAUAUAUACGUCAAUUGAGACUGGCAAACAUUGAAAAAGCUCAUGUCGGUGAAUUCAAUGUUGGAAUCAUAGAAGUGUCCGAGACAGUUAAUAGAAUUGGAGAUAAUGUGGAAAAGAUAGACAAUAGGUUGAUUGGGCUUGAAACAACGCACGACAUUUUUGCAAAUCGGUAUCUUAAAAUCGAAGAUAAAUUGGAUGAAAUAAAGACAAUUUUACAAACUAAGCGCUAAACAAAUUGUCAACGGUAAAGAUCUAAAGAAAGGAAUUUAACUUAAGUUCGGAAAAUGCUCUGUUUUAAUCAAAGGUUUGAACUGAACUGUUUUGCCUCGUUUUACAAAACAGCUCUAACAAAUUUACAGACAGGCUAUCUUAUCAAUAAUACCUUAUUCGGUUGUUGUUGUAAUUACAUUUACACAAUUUUAUUUCAUAUGGCAAUUAUGAAGCUUGAUAUUCCUCAUGCCUUUGCCGGUUCAAACAAGCAAUUCCAAGAUCAUGUCUUCUAAGAAGUUACUGUAUUCGAUAUAAACAAGAGGUAACUCAUAAAUUUCUCCGUAAUGUUAUUUAGAUGAAAAUGUGGUACAAGGGUUGGAACAUUUUCGCAAAAAUAGUUUUGAUCAAAGCGACAUACAAAUUAAAUACUAUCACAUAAAAUAAAAACCGCAUCAGUCUGCUGUCUUUCAAGCAUAAAAAGAAGCAUAUGAUACGUGUUAUACAAUAAGAAAAGUGGAAACAAAGCGUUCAGGAAAGACCAUCAGACAAAAGUAUAGAAUCAUGAACGCUAUAUCAGUAUAUUUUUAUUUUUCAUCAUGUAGUUCCAACUGUAUACACACGUAAAAAUCUAUUCGUGUUUUUACACUGUAUGUAAACAUCUCGAAUUAUGUACAGUCCUCCAAGGUUAGAGUUUGAAUAAGUUCAACUUACCGUCUUAACGUAUUCUCGUUAGGCAAUUGAACAUUCUUUGGAAUUGAAUUUAAUUGAACGCAAACAUUAAUUUGUGUAGAAUAUCGGAGAAUGCCGAAAUCCAUAUUGCGCAUGCGUACUUAGCUGAUUGUAAUUAUGGAUACCCUGCCUUAAGUAAUGUUAUCAAGAGACAGUAUAUUGUUGUUUUUUUUACCUCAUUGAAGUCAGCAAUCUUGUUCAAAACUUAAUUAUUUUUCCUCCAUGGCAUAUUUAAGCUAACUGCGUUAAACAUGUUGAUUUGUGCCUGUGUUAACGUCAGCACUGCCAGUAUGUCAUUAUGUUAAUGAAGGCGAACAAACCUAACGAAACGUCUUUUCCGCGCAGUUUAGAUAGCUUACUUUGAAUCACUCGAUCCACAGCUCAAUGUGUUUAAGCCCUGAUUGGAUAGUCGCGUGAGGAAGCCAUCCAGCUAGCUUGUAAGAGACCCGCUGCUGCCUACAAUAAUACCUGGUGGAGCAACUGGAACCGUCAUUUAGACUGAAACAAAGCCCAAGAUAUAACUUUGUAACGGUGUGACAUUAAUCCAAACAAGCAGUACAGAAAUAACAGUAGAACUUAUUCAUGAAGUUAAUGCCUACGGUUCUUUCUGCAUAUUCGGCGAGUGUAUUUUAUAAAUAUGCGAGUUUUGAAUCAGCCUUUUCCUUUGUUAUGUAUAACAAAUUCUUUCUAAUUGUUGUGACAUUUCUUGUUAUGUUUUAAUGUUUUUUCAUGUCAAAGAAGCGAAACGCGUUAAGCUUUCAUGUCAAAGAAGCGAAAUACAUUUAACUUUCCUGGUGCGUGCUGUUCUAUCUUAUCGUUACAUAGUAAAUACAUCUUAGAUAAUAUUUGUUAGAGACUCCUUUCGGUUUAAUCCGCCUAUAUUUACAUAUCUUAUGUACACGCACGUACACACACAAUCAUGCAUACAUUCUGACAAUAUCGUGCAAUUUUGGAAUAUUCAUGAUUGCUUGGUCGUUCUUUCAUGUAGACACACUAAGCAUAUCGAUAAACGUACUAAAUAACAGGUUUUUAUUGCAUAUGCUACUAAACUAAAUGUAGUGCCAAAAUUCCACCGAAAUUAAACGUAUUUGAGCAUUAGUGUCUUUGUCGUCUGGAUGUGCCAGAUAUUAAUAUAUGGCACAUUUCAAGCGAUACCAGGUACAAAAGAAAAUAAAGUUUAUACUUGACAAAUAUCUAAAAACUAAUAUAGAGCAUGGUAAAUUAACAUAAUUGUGCCAGCUUCCUCUUCAAUUGUAGUUGAAGAAACUACGGCUCUAGAAUGCAUAAAUUUGUUACAACUGCUUAGAGGCCACAAAUAAUUUCCCCAUGGACUGCCAUUAUAAUAACAUUAUGGCGUGUACGGCCUUCCAUAACUUGAAACAUAUAUAGAUAGUCGCAGUUUGUUCAAGAACUAUUAGUUCCACCUGAAUAACGGAAAAACAUCUGAAUAGUGAUACUUUAUUUGAGAUUUUUUUUCACAUGAUAUGACCCAUUGUUUAUAUCACACAGA